ACUCUCAUUCGGAGUUGUUGUUUGUGGGACAGAACUGCAGAUAAGGAAGUUUAAGUUAUCCGAAGGUGGUAAUAUCAAAGGUAGUGGUCUCGUGCCUGUCGUGAGAGUGACACUGAACGGUUCGCCAUAUGACGACAUUUCGCUCAAGUAAUUUUUCCCUCACGAGUGUCAGAAAAAUUAUAACAGCAGCAACAACAACAACGUGAGACUGCUGAUGUUUGUGUGAGAGGAGAGCAGUGACAACAGUAGACGUAGAGGAAAGUCAGCAGCACCAUCAUGUUCCUCUCCUGACCACCCUGCCUGUGUUUUUGGCCUGUACCAGCCUGUUGUGUGGUGCAGGCGCCUGCAGGAGGGUGUGUGAGCGACGCCACCAGAGAGGGUUAACACCCCACAUUGUGAUGCCAUAGUAGUGUGCUGGAUCUGGUGUGGUAAUGAUGAUGAUAUGUGGCGCUAUGGACUGCUUCAUCCAGGCGACGAAAGAGUUUGUGGAGCAAGUGAAUGAGUUACGACGUUCAAGGAACGUGGGACCUCUGUCAUGGAACACUGCCAUCAAGUUUCUUAUGGCAAGGAAGUUUGAUGUUACUAGAGCUGUGAGUUUAUAUGAGCAACACGAAGUGACAAGACAUAGAGAAGGGCUGGUGAAUCUCAACCCAACGAGUGAUCCACUGAGAACAGAACUUGACACAGGAAAGUUCACCAUUCUUCCGUGUCGUGAUGAAACGGGUGCAGCCAUAGCUGUAUUUACCGCCCGCCUACAUGACCCAAGAGCAACCACACAACAGACAACACUGCAGGGAGUUGUGUACCAGUUGGAUGCUGCCCUUGAGUCCAGAGAGACUCAGAGAUGUGGUCUGGUUUUCAUUUAUGAUAUGAGCGAAUCUGCAUAUCAAAACUUUGACUAUCAAUUGUCGCAAAAGAUUCUUACACUGUUAAAGGGAGGGUAUCCAGCACGUUUGAAGAAGGUGUUAAUAGUAACAGCACCACUCUGGUUCAAGGCACCAUUCAAAGUACUUCGGCUCUUUGUUCGAGAAAAACUAAGGGAUCGUGUCUAUACAGUGUCACUGCCUGAGCUUGUAAAUCACAUACCAGGAAAGUGUUUGCCCAGGGAUCUGGGUGGAGAUCUUAGUGUUGAUCAUAACGCUUGGCUCUUACGGUGCCAAGCCUCCAUGACCAAUAGAGACCCUUCGGGUGUUUGUGAGCCUGUCCCACCCCUUACAUUCCAAUCUGGACACAACUCUACAGCAGAUUCUGAUAAUAAUAGUACCACAAUGGUACCAACUGGAGAUCACGACCCUACUAGCUCAGUGGAACAGCUGUGUGAGUUUAGUGAAGAUGAUGUUAGCUGCUGUGAGAAGAGCUUCUCCCAUGACAGUAAUGAUGAGGAUGAUCUAGAAGAGGGACAUGUCAGAGAAGAUGGGCGAUUGUCUGGUCUUAUUAAUACAGAGGCUGAAGACCCAAUAAAUGAAGAAAAGAGAAAAGAUGGAGAGAAAGAUUUAAGUCCAUCUUUAAAAGGAGAAUGUUCACCAGUGCCUGAAAUACAAGAUACUGCACAUCUCAAUGGUCAUGUAUUACAUGACACAGACCAUAUUAGUGGCAGAGGAUCACCACUUGCUCCCCCUAGCAGUGGCAGUAGUGGUUUCAGUGAUGAUGACAGUCUUCACUAUGAUGAUGGACGAGGCUUUACCCUGGAGGAAUUUGUGCGCCACCUCAGAGACAAGGGACGGCAAGGCCUUUACCACGACUACACACAAAUAAAGAGUCGGCCUCCUGAUGGUACCUUUGAAAACUCAAGGAAAAGAUGGAAUCAGAUAAAAAAUCGGUACACAGAUGUGCUAUGUUUUGACAAUUCUCGUGUGGUACUUUCAGCUGAAGAUGAAGAGUGUCAUACAGACUAUAUUAAUGCCAACUAUGUUGAUGGUUAUAAACAAAAGAAUGCCUUCAUUUCUACUCAAGGUCCAUUACCUGGAACAUUUGGCGAUUUCUGGCGGAUGAUCUGGGAGCAACGAGUAUGUGUUAUUGUCAUGACUACUCGGGCAGUAGAAAGAGGAAGGACUAAGUGUGGGCAGUACUGGCCUGCAGAGCAAGAUGGAGUAGCAUCACACUCUCACUUCACAAUUACCAAUAAACAUGUUUAUCAUUACCGCGAUUAUACUGUUAGUACACUCACAAUGAGGGAUAACGGGUCCAGCGAGGAAAGAAAAGUAGAACAUAUGCAGUUUACGUCAUGGCCAGACUAUGGUGUACCAGACUCUGCUAUGGCUAUGCUAGAGUUCUUGAAUCAUGUCCGGGAAUCACAGGCACGCUUAACUGCUGCCCUGGGCAGUUCAUGGAGUGGACAUCCUUUGGGGCCACCGAUAGUUGUUCACUGCUCUGCAGGAAUUGGAAGAACAGGCACAUUUUGUACACUUGACAUCUGUAUUCGUCGCUUAGAAGAAGUUGGAACAAUUGAGGUAAAAGGAACUGUUGAAAAAAUUAGGUCCCAAAGAGCAUACUCAAUUCAGAUGCCUGAUCAGUAUGUCUUUUGCCAUUUAGCACUGUUGGAGUAUGCGCUCCACAAUGGAAAAUUAGUAGAAGUUGAUCUCACAGGUUUUGAAGAUGAUGGGUCUGAAUCAGACUGAGUUUUAUUAUUGAAAGACCUGUGAAUGACUAUAUAUAAAACUCUUUGUAUUAAGAUAAAUACUGCCAGGUGCAAUGAAUAUGGUGGACCACAUAGUAAAAGUGAUUAUAAUUGUAUAGCUAUGUUACUAAAGAAGAAACAGGACCUUUGUGUGGCACUAUGAAAUUACAGUUUACAUUGUCUGCACUAUAUAGAAAGUGAACAGUAAAAUACUGUAGAUUGAAAAUAAAGACAGACUUAGUUUCAACUUUAAAGAAAACUGUGCCUGAAAAAACAUUGAGGAGGCAGAGUCCUCUCAUACAAUAGACAAUAGGUGCUGCUGAGUGCUUUUGUGUGAGUGAUCACUGAUGUGAAACAGAAAUUUGAGUCUGAUGUGAUUGAUGCACAGAAAAUGAAAACUUCUAUUUUACAUAAGCCUUCACUUUUCUUUAGAAAUGGUGCACAUAUCAGUUUAUGAAAAGUAUGUAUAAUUCAAGGUUACACACCUAAAUCCAAAGUACAUUAUUUUUAACAAGUGUCUGCAGUGUACAUGUUACUGUAAGAAUAAUUAUUUGACCCGAAACACACUACACAUUGGCCUUUAAAAGAGGUGGACAAAAUAUAUGUAAAGGGACUCAAUAAUUAUCAUUCCAGUAGAGAGGGGUGUGUGUAUCUGGCCACAGUAAGAUGUAGAAGCAUUAUGCAUUUCAGGUGUGUUGGACAAAGGUACAAAAUAUAUGCUGUGUAGGUGCCAAUGAUAAUAAAAAUUUUAAUUGCAUUUACAAAACUAGAAUAAUAUGAAGUGUAUGGAAAAUACAUCAAAAGUACUUUUUGUAUAUUACUGGAAUUACUCUGCUUCAUGAUUCAAACAAUGUGAUAAGGUCAACAUUUGGGGGAUUAUUAUUAUUAAUAUUUGUAUUAUUAUUUUUGCCUUAUUGAAUAUGUAUAUCUUGCAUAAGAAAAAAAGGGUAGGAGGUAAAGAGAUAAAAGUGAAAUUUUCAUUUUGUUACAUAAAUCACUUGGUCUCUAGGUAUUCCAGCUAUACUGAAAGAUUGGUGUAUGUUAUAUUCUUGAUGGGAGGGAUGGGGGGGUGCUAUACCAUAGGUCAUAAAGUACCUGGGGUAAUGGGAGACAAUUAGGUUCAGUGCAAGGAAGGGGAGGGUUAGGUCUAAUUCGUUGAAUCAAGAGCCCUUCACUGGCAUUAUGGAACCUUCCUUACGGCGUGAAAUAAAGAUGUUUAGGUUUACAUGGUAAUAUUAUUUAUCUCUUUAAUAAAAGUUUGAUGUAUUAAUUUCUGUUGUUGUUAGUGUAGACGUGUAAACCAUACUAAGAGGCUCACUAUUUUAUUUUCUCAAGACUUUAUGUUUUUUCUCUUGUAUAAAUGUUUGUUUCUUGAGCAUUUUGCAAAUUUUAUUUGAAAACGUCUUUUACUCCAACUUUCAUAGUUGCAAGCUAAUGUUCAUUUGUACCAAUGUUAUUACAUUAGGUGUCUGUUUUCUUUAAUAUAAUUUUCCAAUACAGAUUGAGAAACUGUGCAGGUGCAGCAAUUAUAUGAAUACUACAGUCAGUACAAGUUCCAGAAUAGUUAAAUAAGGUAGAGUAUUUAUAAGUACCUCUGAAACAAGCAACAUAUUAUUUAAGGGGGAUCUUCAUUUCUUGACACUAAAUAUGGUGUGGGAGGCACAAAUUAUAUUGCAUAAACUAAUAAAGUGUCUGACAUUUUUUAAGAAGAUAUUAAAAAAAAUUAAGAAAGCUAGUAUUUAUUAUUCUGUCUCCAUUUUUAUAAGAAAACUAAAAUUGUUUAUAGUGAACAGUGUAUAUUACAGUUUAAAAAAAAAAAAGUGAUACAGUAAAAUCUAGCAUAUCUGGCAACAUCAAGUCUGUUUUGGUAUGUUAAUAUUUGGUAUAUUUUACUUCCAAGAUUUCUUGACAACAAAAGCAUCUCAAACACUUUUCAUGCCAUGUGUUUAUGCGGUGGUGGGUUUGUGGUUGCAACAUAGACUGAUAUACUAUAUGGUUACUUUGGUUUAUGUUACAAAUUCUUUAUAAAACAUAAAUUUGCAUUAUUGCUUUUUACAAAAAUAGUAAAAUAUAGGGUAAGAAAAUAUGAUAAGUGUUCCAGUGGGAAAAAGAAUUAAAAUAAUGAAUGAAAGAAUACAUUGACACAAAUCUUUUAAAAUGAACUACAUUGGAAUUACAUAACAUACAAGUGUAAAAUUUGCUUUUAACAUUUACUUUUAUUCAUAGUAUAGGCUAAUAGUCGUGCAAGAGUGAAUAAAACUAUUGAAAAUUAAAAAAAAAUGAUGACAAUUACCUUUGUAUGGUAUACAGCCUCUCCUCACUUAACAACAGAGUUCCGUUUGUAAGACCAUGUCGUUAAACGAAUUCAUUGCUACGUGAGGAGCACACUGUAAUGGUAGUGGGUUUGUGUUGACCAUCUUUGAUGUUUUAAUGUCACCUUUGCACCAUUUAUAACAUUUCUGGUAUAUUUUUAAAAGUUUAUACAGUAGUGUACUGUACAUUGAAAUAAACAGAAUAGAGGAAAUCAGCUCUAAUAUACAUUAUUUAGGUAUGAAUACUGGUCAGAGAGCCCGUCGUAAGUCCAAGGCAUCGGUAAAAGAUUACAUCACUAAGUGAAGAGAGGCUGUGUUAACAUACACUUUUUACACCAUGUAAAGCAAUCUUACAUAGUAGUCUCUAAAUAUUGAAGCAUUUAUACACCUUGGUUGGUUAUCAUUUGACAAGUGUUUCACUGUAGUAAUCCGUGAAACAAGUUGAAAAGAUAAUUAUGAUUCUUGCCAUUGACUGUUACUAGCAGUUUCCAGAUGAUAUCAUUAUGCACAUUUACAUUCUCCACAAACACUGCAAACUGUACUAUAUUUUGUAUAUAGCCACAUUGAUAUCACUGUCACUACAAUCUGGAAUACUAUUGACACUCAAAACUAAGACACUCGCCAGUGGCCUCUUGAUAGAUUCAUGCACCUCAUUUAUGUUUAAUUCAAUUUCUUCACAAAAACUAAUAUAUUUUAAUAUAGAAUCAUUGGUAUCAUUGUCAUUGCUAUCUAGAAUACUAUUGUACAAUAAUAUAGUUUCUGUUCCUACAAAAACUGAGUCCUCUGUGACUACCAGAAUGUUGCUAGACAUCAUACUGUUGUAGCAUAAAGGACAAGAUUUUCUUCUGGCUGGAUGUAAAAUUUGUUCAUAGUAAAGAUAUUAUCUCAACAUAAAUUACAGUAUUCUCUCACAUAACACGGUACAAUAACUAAAUGGUUAUAACUGACCAAAAGCUCCAAUGGCGGGUCAUCAUCUGACUAAGACCUGCGUCAGGAAACACUUGGCCUGUUUCCUGACGAACCUUACCAAAUCUAACCUAACCUACCAUAAUACGGUGGUUAUGUUCCUGAAAACAGCACAUUAGGCAGAAUCUGUGUUACAUGGACUUAGGAAAAAUAGGGCUAUGUUCUUAAGACCUAAAAAAAAUAUCUUGCCUAAAAUUCUAGUUGUUGCAUAGUGAUAUGCAAGUGUGUGAAGAGGGUGAAUGUGAUCAUGUGCAAAAGUGUGGCAAGCAGUAUCAUCUACUAGUACUAGCACUUACUACCACUAACACCACCUACUGUAUAAUUUCUAAGGCCUAGGGAGAAGCUAGCUGUUGACUCAGUUUAGUGUACAUUUCUUCCACAGAAUGAGCAGGGCUUAAUAUGGCAAUACCAUGCUGGCCCACAAAACCAAUAAAAAAAAAAACAGCAUCACAGUAAAGAAUAUAUUUUCACUAUACAACUUUCUCAUUUAAUAAAUUUUUCAUGCAAUUAUCAAUCAC